CUUUGCAGUUGAUUUGGGCUUCAGAGUUGAGAGAGAAAGAAAGAGAGAGAGAGAUGUCGUCGCACGGGAACUUAUCGGCGGCGAACGAUCCACGACAGCCAUCGGCGGCGAAGCCUUACGUCCCUCCGGCGGUGGCGCCGCAAGAUCUGCCUGUCGAUUACUCAGGUUUCAUCGCCGUCAUCUUCGGCCUCUUCGGCGUCAUGUUCAGGUACAAACUGAGCUCGUGGCUUGCGAUCAUAUUCUGCGCACAAUCGAUCGCCAACAUGAGAAACUACGAAAACGAUCUCAAGCAGGUCUCCAUGGCCAUGAUGUUUGCUAUAAUGGGAUUGGUGUCAAAUUACUUUGGGUAUGCUCGUCCUGGCAGGAAGAGUUGAGAUUCCAUGGAUUACUCUAGGAAAUUCUAGAAGCGGUGCGGAGUAGCUGAGUUAGAUUGCUACCAUCUUGAGUUGGAGAGGAUUGUGUUCAUCCUCCUGAUAUAUAAAUGUAAGGAAGUGUAACUUCUGUAAACUCUUAUAUUUGGACUUCUAGAUUGUGGUUGAUGUCUGUAAUGUUAUUUACAUGCUCAUGUAUGUACAAUACUGUAUGUCCUGUGGAUGGAGCCCUGAAUGUUGUCAGCGGCUCAAGUAAUAGAACCUCCU